CGGCAGCUAGCCUGCUAAACAACCGAACAAAGAGCGGCAUAGCUUAGCCCGAUGAAGCUAACGGUCACCGGGUCAGAGCUCAGUCUGCUGCCGGUUUCUGACUCCCUUCAUCCCGGGAUCCAUCAGGCAGAGCUGAUAGGAGAUGAGUGGGUUAAUGUGACGACUGGGACGGGAUAAUACAGCGAACCAGGUCCAGAAUAAUACUGUUAGCUACUUUCCUACUGUAAAGAUGCCCCGUAAGAAGGUGACAGAUGUUUCAGGAAAUGGUGGGAUGAAGAGGAAGAGGGCAACUGGCAAAAGAAAAGACAGAGACUUCAGCAGCGAUGAUGAGUUUGACUUUGAGCAGGAGAACAACAAGAAACCCGGCAAGCCUGCUGCUAAGUCUGGGCUCCAGCCCGUCACCGUGGCGGACGAUGUCAAAGAGAAAAUAAAACUGGAGUUGCCAAAGGUCAGAGGUCAGCUGCUUAUCUUUGGGGCAACUAACUGGGAUUUGAUUGGAAGAAAGGAGGUGCCCAAACAGCAAGCUGCGUUCCGUAACCUGGGCCAGAACCUGUGGGGUCCUCACCGUUACGGCUGCCUGAAUGAUGUCCAGGUCAGCUGUGUGGUGUCUGGCCCCUGUGCUGCACACAGUCUCAUCAUGACCACUGAGGGCAAGCUGUGGAGUUGGGGUCGUAAUGACAAAGGUCAACUGGGUCAUGGGGACACCAAACGUCUGGAGGCACCAAAGUUGAUUGAGGGCCUGGCAGAUCAAGUAAUCGUUUCUGCAGCGUGUGGACGGAAUCAUACAAUGGCACUCACGGAGGAUGGCACCGUUUAUUCCUUUGGUGAAAACAAACUGGGCCAGCUCGGCCAAGGCAGUCAGACCGAUGCAGUCCUCAGCCCAGCACCGAUUUCCUACAAUGGGCAGCCUCUUGUGAAGGUAGCCUGUGGUGCUGAGUUCAGCAUGGUGGUGGACUGCAAAGGAAACCUGUAUUCAUUCGGCUGCCCUGAGUAUGGACAGCUAGGCCACAACAGUGACGGGAAGUUUAUCGCCCGAGCCCAGAGGAUUGAGUUCGACUGUGAGCUCAUCCCCCGACGUGUUGCCAUCUUCAUUGAGAAAUCCAAGGACGGUCAGAUCAUGCCUGUGCCCAAUGUGGUGGUCAGAGAUGUAGCCUGUGGGGCCAACCACACGCUGGUGUUGGACUCUCAGAAGCGAGUCUUCAGCUGGGGUUUUGGAGGUUACGGCCGUCUUGGUCACACAGAGCAGAAGGACGAGAUGGUCCCCCGACUCGUAAAGCUGUUUGAUUUCCCAGGACGCGGUGCCGCUCAGAUCUAUGCUGGUUAUCAGUGUUCCUUUGCUAUCAAUGAGAUGGGGGGGCUGUUUUUCUGGGGGGUGACAAAUACUUCCAGAGAAUCAACCAUGUAUCCCAAAGCUGUGCAGGACCUGUGUGGUUGGAAGAUCCGUAGCCUGGCCUGUGGAAAAAGCAGCAUCAUCAUUGCAGCAGAUGAGAGCACAAUCAGCUGGGGCCCGUCACCCACAUGCGGAGAGCUGGGAUAUGGAGACAACAAACCCAAAUCAUCCACAACUGCUCAGGAAGUUAAAACUCUGGAUGGCAUCUACAUCGAGCAGGUGGUGAUGGGUUACUCCCACUCACUGGUCAUCGCCAGACAAGACACUGAGCAGGAACAGGAGAAGCUGAAGAAGCUGCCCGAGUAUAACCCCCGAACAAUCUAAGAAGCCCCCAUCUACAUCCCCCUGUUUCACUGGGCAGAGCCAGCUGGAACUCCUCUGGCCUGGUGACUGGUGGGAUGGUAAUGUUCAGGAGGGGAGGGGUGCCGUGCAAAACAUCUCAACUACCAGCAGACUGGCUUCACACAAAUUCGGACACUAAAAUGAGACCGUGAGGGUGGAGUUAGACGGACUGUCCGCCUUUAAAGAACCUGCAAAGGUUCCAACACCUCAGUCUUUUUAGUUGUGCUUCCCCAAAAAUUCUUGUAUCAUUUGAUUUUCCACUUUGUAACAUUCUUCUUCCUCUGUUGUUUUUGAUUGAAAUUGUUGUCAUGUUUCCUGGUGCUAAGUAGCUGUUGGCUGCUGAGAGGUUUCAGAGACCAAUGCUCCAUACCUGUGCCUUUUUCUACGUCCGUGUUCAGGGUAUGGAAGUCUUGAUGAGAAUCAGUUCUUUUCUUUAUUUGAGAUCGUAUGUCUGCUGUUGCCACUGGUAAAGUAGCAGAGGAUUUGGAACAUAAUGUUCUGAGUUAGUGCACUCCACCUGAUGUUACAUUCCUUUUAUCUUCUUCAUUCAGCGUUUGUAUCCAGGAUACUCACUCCAUACGCAGAGCCUGUCACCUUCAAGCUUUCACUUAUCUGAACUAUUUCAACGCUCAAAGCGGAUUCACAAGCAGGCCAGAACUUCCAGAAAUGAUUCCAUCUUAUCAGGCAGAGUUCUUUGUACUGCAUUCUAUUUUUAUGAUAAAAUUUCUUGGUUACAUUGUUUUUUUCCAAUGCAAUGGUGAAAUAAAGAUCUGUGUAAAAUGAA